AUGGAACGUCCAAAAAAAAUAAAAAACAAUAUUAGAUUCAGUAUUGAAUCAGACAGUUGUAGUGAAACUUCAGAAACUCAAAAAAAUCAAGACGAAAAUAACAGUUGUACAAAUAAUAAUAAUACCAAUAAUAUAAAUAGCAAUGAAAAUGAUUGUAAUAAAAUAACAUUCGAAAAACUAUUUGAAUCAAUUCCACAAACUACAUUAGAAAAAAUAAAAGAUAGCAAAGUAAAGUAUGCAUUUAUAACAAAAGGAACAAUUCAUUCAACAAGUAAACAACAUAAAUUUAAACAACCUGUUAGCUUAGAGUUUGCAAUUCAUUUUUUAGCUGAUUCAAACGUUAAAGACUCAACUCUUGUAUUUAUAAAUGAUAAUUCUUUAAUAUUUUCAAAUGGUUGUUACGAUGAAUUAGAUAUAUUUGAUGAAAGCGAUUAA